AUGGUUAAACAUAUUAUAAAUAGGAAUAGUAGUAUCUUAAAAAAUACUAUUAUUAGUUCUCAUAUCAAAAAUGAAAAUAAUAAACUAUUACUUAAUAAAGGAAUAGUGGAUAAUUGUUAUUCCCCAAUUGCAAUAUUAUAUGGUGGUAGUUCACAAUUGGAAACAAAAUUAAUUAAAGAAUUUAAUUUAAAUAAUAAUUUUAAUAAUAAUAAUAAUAAUAAUAUUAAUAAUAAUAAUAAUAAUAAUAAUAAUAAUAAUAAUAAUAAUAAUAAUAAUAAUAAUAAUAAUAAUAAUAAUGAAAAUAUUAAUAAUAAUAUUAAUAAUAUUAAUAACAAUAAUAAAGAUGAUGAUAAUAAUAAUAAUGAUAAUAAUAUUAAUAAUAAUAUUAAUAAUAAUAAUAAUAACAAUAAUAAUAUUAACAAUAAUAGUAUUAACGAAGUUGAUGAAAUUAAUAAUAAUAAUAUAAAUAAUGAUAAAAAAAGAAAAAUUGAUAAUAUUUCAUCACCAACUCUUUCUUCAGAUUCAACAUCAGAAAUUUCAGAAUCAGAUAUAGAUUCAAGUGAUUCUGAAAAUUUAUUUGAAAAAUUUCAAAGUAAUAAUUUCAAUAAUGAUGAUGAAAAUAAUAAUAAUAAUAAAAAGAAACAAAAAUUAAUUUUACCACCUAGAAAAUUAACAAUUAAAAUUAAAAUUGAUGAAAAAUAUAAGAAUGGUAUACCAACCUUAUAUAGUAGAAAUAGUGUUUUAUUCGAUUCAGUGAAUGCAGUAAUUAAAAAAGAACCAAUGGCAUUACAUUUUAUAAUUUUUCAAAAUAUUGUAAAUUCAAAUAGUUUUAUUGAUAUUUCAGAUUUUAAAAGAAUUCAAAAAUUAUUCAUAAAUAAAUAUACAACAAAUAAAAUUAAAAAAUAUGAAAGACAUAAUGAUUUGGAGAGAUUAACAUACUAUAAUUCAAAAGAAGGUCAAGAAAGAAUAAAUAAAAAAAUUUCAAAAUAUUUUAAAAUCUUUAAAGAGAAAUUGAUCUCCUCAAUUAAUUCUAAAAAAACUAGAGAUAAUUGGUUUAUUUCUCCUGAAGAAACUUAUUCUAGUAUCGAAAAACAAAUUCAAUGGUUAAGGAUGGUAAAACAUGUUGGUGGUGGUAUAAAAUCUUAUUUAGAUUCUUCAAAGAGAAAAGAAUUAAAAAGUAAUAUUGAAGAUGAUUCUACAAAUUUAAUAUCAUUAUCAAAUAAUUCGAAUGUACCAGGUGAUGCAAUUACUUUAUAUAAUAUUUGUCAUUAUUUAAUUUCCAGACCAAAAGCAAAUCAAAAUGCUUUGAAACCACCUGAAAAAAGAAAAACAAAAAACAAAAAUUUUAAACAAGCUGAUCCAAAACAUACUUUACAAUUCAUAGUUGAAUGA